AAGAGGAAGAGACUAAAUAGUUUUAACAUACUUCAUCACUUGUACACUAAACCAAACCCUAAACCAUCUUUCUCAACAUGGGGCUUCUUCACAAGCAAAACUCCUCCUUUGUGAUACUCAUCCUCCUUGGUUUCCUUGCAGUCUCUUACGCUUGUGACUGUAGUGACCCUCCCAAACCAUCUCCACACCCCGUUAAACCGCCUAAACAUCCCGUUAAACCGCCUAAACCACCAACCGUCAAACCACCUCCUCAUCAUACUCCUAAACCACCUCCUCAUCACACUCCUAAACCACCUCCUCAUCACACUCCUAAACCACCUCCUCACCACACCCCAAAAUCACCUCCUUACACUCCUAAGCCACCCACCGUUAAACCACCUCCUUACACUCCUAAACCACCUCCUCACACACCAAAACCGCCCACCGUCAAGCCUCCACCUCCGUACACUCCAACCCCAACACCUUCUCCUCCACCGUACACUCCAAAACCACCCACCGUGAAGCCGCCGCCACCGCCAACUCCAACCCCAGAGACGCCAUGUCCACCACCGCCACCUCCACCAACCCCAUGUCCUCCUCCGCCUCCGUCUCCCGUACCAACGCCUAAACCAGAGACUUGCCCGAUAGACGCACUGAAGCUAGGCGCUUGUGUGGACGUUCUUGGCGGUUUGAUUCACAUCGGACUAGGGAAAAGCUACGCAAAAGCGACAUGUUGCCCGCUUCUUGGCGGUUUAGUUGGUCUUGACGCAGCAGUUUGUCUCUGUACCACCAUUAGAGCCAAAGUUCUCAAUAUUGACCUCAUUGUUCCCAUAGCUCUUGAGCUUCUUAUCGACUGUGGCAAGACUAUACCUCGUGACUUCAAGUGUCCUGCUCCAUAGAAAAGGAUUCCUCUCUUGGGUUGAUCUCAUGUGUUUCACACUUUCACUUGAUACAGUAAAAAGUGUUUUGAGAUCUCAAAAAUCAGAAAGAAAAUUUUAUGUAAUUGUAAUGUGAUUGUACGUUGGAAUAAUGUUAUCUGAAAUCCUAUUUUUGAAAUUUUAAUGGGAUUAUAGUAAUAUUAAUAAAAAAAAACAAAUACU